AGCCUAACUAACUGUCGGUGAUUGAUGACUGUACAAUUUCUGGCCUCUCUGCUGAAUCAACAUCGACCCCGAUAAACAGAUGCUCAUGUGUCCAUGAGUUCAGCCGGGCGUCCAAAUCAAAAUCAUCUAUGCUCCAUCCCCCCUCGACCAACCAACCAACCAACCGACCACCCAAUCAACCCCUGAACACAAUACGUUUAACAGCCAGCACAGCACUGCAUCGAGAAUCCCGCCCUCCGACUGUCGUGUCGCCCGCCCCUCGCCGUGCCUAAUGGCGUAAUCCAUGGCAGAACGAAUGCCAUCUAAUCCGCCGCGCCAAAGAUCGGUCGUUGUCGAGAACAAUCAUCAUCAUCCAGCAGCCUUUGGGCUCCCGCGUCCGGAUUUCCCUGCGCCCGUCACCGAUACCGCCGAUAACGAGCCGUGCCCCUCUUCAUCCGUCGUGCCGGCCGCUCCUGUAGUUUCUGGCGCAGUGUCGGUCAAGACUGCUCCUUCCUCGCGUCAAUCGCCAUCAUCAAGGUACAUUCUACCUCAACUGCCCGACCGUCUUCUCGUCUUCCAAGUGCCAAUACAAUACAUAACUUCCCGCAAAAUCCCGCUGCACAAGCCCAGUUGCAUGUUCUGGACUCUGUGCUUGCCUUGAAGAGGUCAGCCAGCGCCUGCGAUUGUAUCCUACCUAGAUUAGAAGCCCCGCGGAGUCGUGACAGUGCAGUGCAGGCAGUGUCUGUGUCGGUGUCCGCCCUUGUUUCUGUUAUCCUCGCAGGCGGCGGUGGGCUGAACUUUUGUUUUUAUUUUAUUUUAUUUUUUUUACCCUCUCGCGUUUCUUCCCCUUCCACCACGUUGCUGCCUUCAGCCUCUAAAUUCCAGGUGACAAAUUGGCUCACCGACGUUCCCCUUUCCGUCUCUCGGACCAACCUGCUUAACAACGGUGACCUGCCAUCAUCCGCCCCGUUCCAGGUGCAGUACAGUCAUUCUGGCGGGCUCACCUACAGUGCACGCCACCAGGAUUCUGCCCGCCCGUCAUCGCCAAACCCGACUCCUCCACUUCACCGACGCACUUUGGGCAUCCGACACCACGCACACAAUUCCACCCACCUCACUUUGACUUUGAAACUCCCGUCGCUGUCUUCCACUAUCAACUCACCCUAUCCCAUCACUUUUUGACCUUAGAGCACUUAAUACAAUUCGCGUGGUUUACUUUCGUCGUACUUUUGCAUCACCGAUCCCUACAUCACGCUAUCCUCUUUGCAGCUCACUUCUACCGCCCUCGCAAAGACCAGUCUUGGUCGUCGGGCUACCUAAGUCGCUGUGGACAUGACACGCCCGAAUCCUGGUUGUUGAUUGAUUUUUGACUCUUUGCAGUCGUACUCACACAUGUCCUCAUGUCUCCCAGAAUCACCCGAUCGUCGGUUCGUCACGCCGCAAACCAAGCAGGUCCGCCGCCCUCCACAACUCCUGCCCCAGGUGGCGCAGAACCCGACACGGCUGCUCCUGCUGCCUCACCUACCGUUUCUGCCAGUCAGACCUCGCGUGCCACCACCCGCAAGCGGAAGUCAAGGGAUUCCAAUACUUCACAGGCCGAAUCUCCGGACCACACCGCGGCAUCCCGUCGACCUAAACGUCAGAAGCCGGUUACCGAGUCGUCUGUAAAACCGCCUUCACAGUCUCCUGCCGCUUCCACUAGAAGUCGAAAGGGAAAGGCUCCUGCUGCAAUGUCUAGCCCAGAUCCCAAUGUCGGGCCGUCUGGCCCACCUGAUAACGCCACAUCGGCAUCCUCGAGUAGGAAAUCCAGCAGAAGCAAGAAGAACACACAAUCCUCGGCAGAGUCGAGUACACGACCCCAGGGCUCUGCAAAACGCCGAACAUCUCAACGUCCCUCUAAGAACGAUCCAGAUCAGGAUAUGGUCAUGACUGGCACCGACGAAGCCGAAAAAUCAAAGCCUCCGCCUCCACCAGACCCUGCAGAGCAGCAAUCUGGGGACGAUAGCGACGAGAACGAUGAUGAUGAUGACCAGAGAUAUGACGAUGACGACGACGAUAUCGAUCCUUUCGGUAGCUUUGGUGGCCCGCCUCGCGGCCUUGUGGGAGGUCUUCCGAUGUUGCAUACUCUUAUGUCUGGGAUGGGUUCAAGACUUCGUUCCCUCAUGGCCAACCUAUCAAACAAAGAGGAUCCAUCAGUACAGCUCAUCGCAUUGCAAGAUUUGUCCGAGAUUCUCCUCGUAUCAAACGAAGACAAUCUGUCUGGUCAUUUUUCACCAGAUGCCUUGGUCAAAGAACUUGUGGCUCUGAUGCAGCCCCACGAGAUUACAGGAGAGGAGAAUCCAGAGAUAAUGCUACUGGCCUGCCGCUGCCUGGCCAAUCUGAUGGAAGCACUGCCACCAAGCGUCGCCAACGUUGUGUAUGGAGGGGCAGUCCCUGUCUUGUGCCAAAAGUUGCUUGAGAUAUCUUUUAUCGACUUGGCAGAGCAGGCCCUAAGUACUCUGGAGAAGAUCUCUUAUGAGUACCCAGCCAGCAUUGUUCGCGAGGGUGGCUUAACAGCUUGUUUGUCAUACCUGGAGUUUUUCCCCACAAGCACACAACGAACAGCCGUAACUACUGCCGCGAACUGCUGCAGAAAUAUUACAGAGGACUCGUUCCCAGUCAUCAAGGAGGUUAUGCCUAUCCUGCUCAACGUUCUCAACAGCAGCGAUCAACGAGUUGUGGAGCAGGCGUCUCUGUGCGUGUCACGCAUCGUCGAGAGCUUCCGAUACUAUACUUCAAAGCUGGAGGAGCUUGUCAGUGUUGAUCUUCUCAAGGCCGUACUCCGAUUGCUCCUCCCGGGCACCACCAAUCUUAUUUCACCGAGCAUUCACACCCAAUUUCUCAGGGUUUUGGCCCACACAGCUCGAGCGAGUCCACGGCUGUCGGCUGAGCUCUUCAAGCUGAACAUUGUCGAGACGCUGUACCAGAUCCUGACCGGGGUAUCGCCUCCAGCCGGUACUGAUGAUGUCGCCUCUAAGCUGGACAGUGUCCUCAUAAUGCAGGCCUUAAUUCAUCGUCCUAGGGAACAGAUCAUCGAGACGUUGAAUGUCAUAUGCGAACUAUUGCCUGCGCCUCUUCCUGUUUCAUCACCACAGCAAUCAGAGAUAUCUGUCUCGACCGCAGAACCAGCAACCCCGUCUUCCCAGGCGUCUCGGAAAAAGACAACAAACGAAAAGAGAGUAGAGCUCCUUGAGGACUGCAAGGAACAAGUUCGCCGUUUCUGUUUGAUCUUAUUCCCUACCCUCACGGAUGCAUUUUCUAGUACCGUCAAUUUGACAGUCCGCCAGAAAGUCCUCACCGCACAACUCAAAAUGUUGUCAAACUUGGACACGGACAUUCUGACUGAAGCCCUUAAAGUUGUGCCUUACGCUUCGUUUCUUGCUUCAAUUUUAUCGCAGCAAGACCAUCCUAGCCUCGUUAUGUACGCCCUACACGCUACCGAGCUGCUUAUGAGCCGUCUCGAUAGCGUCUAUAGGUACCAGCUAUAUCGUGAAGGUGUCAUCACGGAAAUCACCAAGCUUUCCAUUGAGGAGGAUAAGCCGGCAGGAGAGGAUGACAAGAAGUCCGCUGAGGAAGCAGGGUUGGAAACACCCGGGCAGUCGUCCGCCUCGGCCGCUGCUGGAAGCAAGGCUGCCGACCACGGUUCAGAUGAGGAAAAUGGUGACGAGGAAAAGGAUGAUGACGACGAAGAUGACCACGACGUGGAUGAGGAUGGUGAAGAUGGCGAGGAUGCAAUGCGCUCUCAUCACUCAUCUGACGACGAGAAUGACGAGGAAAACGAAAACAACCACAGAAUCGAGGAAAUGUCAGCGUCGCCGGCUAGUUCCGAAGGUUCCUCGAUGUCCAUCGAUGGUCCAGCUCGUCACAUCAUUGCUCCUAUGGAUUCCAUGCAGAAAGCCAUUUCGGAUGUUGCCAAGAAGUUCCUUGAGACGUACGAAACGGAGAAGCACAGCAAGGUUAUGAAGAAGAAGGCUACCAAGAUUCUCGACAGUCUCUCAGCGCUCGCAACGGAUAUCGAAGUCUUCUACCUCCAGCGCAGCUCUCAGAGCGUAGAUGCCUCCAAGGGUGUUGAGUAUUUCAAGCAGCUUGCGUCAUACUUCGAUUCUGACCAGCUGGAGAGUGUUACAAGUGCCGAGCUUCUUGCAUCAGGACUGGUGCGGGUUCUUGAACGGGUGUUUAGUAAUCCUGACGAGAGCCUCGCUGCGGCUGCGCAGUCGGACUUUCUGCAAGUUUUCAUGGGCUACACCGUCAAGUCAAAACCAAAGACUGCCACGGCAGACUCGCCGGCUACCCCCUUUAGUGUCAUGAUCCAUAAGCUGCAGGAUUUACUAAGCAGAUCGGAGCAUUUUGAAGUCAUCACAGUCCAUCAGAAUGCACUCGACGGCAAUCGGAGCAGUGCAGCAUCAAUGCUGGCCAAGCAGAUCAGGCUCAGAUUGGUUGCUGACGAUGAUUCAGAUAUACCUCGGGCGUAUCGCAAUAUCAUGGUCAGUAUCCAUGCCAUUUCGACAUUCAAGUCCCUGGACGAUUACUUGCGACCUCGCAUCAGUCUUUCGGAACGACCUAGGAACAACAGCUCUAGGAGUGUCCUUUCAAGGGCUAUGGCCGCACUUGCUGGUCAUCCAGGAAUCCCUCUAGAGGCGGCCGAGCGGCUGGCUGCCCGCCUGCCGGCUCUGGCUGCAGGUGGAAGCCCUUUCGGUGGCCCUAGUGCAGGGUCGUCGUUGUUCCAGCCCUCGCAACCGUCUGCGUCUCGAUCUACCCGCAAGACCAAGAACAAAUCCAACCCUCAUCCGGAGUCCCCGAGUACGCCAGACCAAGCUUCGCCGACAUCUCGCGAUAAAGCUGUGCUCCGACGGUCAAGCAGACGACAGGCUGCAUCGGCGGAUACGCCCCCUCCACCUCCACCCCCUCCUGACGAAGAGGAGAGCCUGGCCAAUGCUCUUGAGUGUGCCGAUGAAAAGCAGCUUUCUGACGGUGACGACAUGGGAGAAGCUAGUGCGCUCGAUGCGAUAGUCGGUGAGCUCGAAGAAGACAUGGGAGACGAGCCAGCGGUGGAUCCUACAGCUGUUAAUAUGGAGGUUGCAGCUGGUGGGAAGAUCACCGCGAGGAAGGACGAUGGGACGCGUGUGCCAACUCCGUCACAGGCAGCCGGAUCGACUUCAACCGCACCACCAUCGGCCAGUGGCAUUAGUAGGGACAGGACCAGUGCCAUUAGUGCGGCCUUCCAAAGUCUGCAGAGUACUCCUACCCCUGGUGGGCCUUCAAGACCCCUUUCAUAUGCUGCUGCGGUGCAGGCAACUCCACAAGACUGGCACAUCGAGUUCAGCGUGGAUUCCAAGGUGAUUCCCAAUGAAACUACAAUCUACCGGGCGAUACACAGCCCGAACGCGAUUGUCGAUAGCAGCGUCAGCCGCAGCGUCUGGUCUGCUGUACACUCAGUCAAGUUUCGCCGAGUUCCUGGUCCACCUCCAACCUCUGAAGGCUCACCCUUCGGUGCAUCUUUCGAAGGAGGUGCAGGCACUGUGGAUGAGAACGGGACGCCUGCAUCUCUCAGCAAGCAUCCUGCCACUACAUCAAUCUUACGCCUUCUCAAGAUGCUUCAUGAUCUAAACGCCAAUAUUGAUGACGUUUUGGUAGAGAACAAGGAGGCAUUGAAACUCAACAUCGAGCCACUGUCGCAAUUUGUAAAUACAAAACUCACGGCAAAACUCAACAGACAGUUGGAGGAGCCGUUGAUUGUGGCGAGCAAUUGUUUACCCAGCUGGAGUGAGGACCUGGCUAGGCAGUUCCCAUUCUUGUUCCCCUUCGAGACGAGGCACCUGUUUUUGCAGUCAACUUCAUUUGGCUAUGCACGAUCCAUGACAAGGUGGCAGAACGCGCAGUCUCAAGAGGAAUCGCGUCGCGACCGUAGGGAUGAGCGUCCCUUCCUGGGCCGCUUGCAGCGCCAGAAGGUGCGCAUUUCCAGAUCCAAGAUACUCGAAUCUGCAGUGAAGGUCAUGGAGCUGUAUGGUGCAAACCAGAGCAUCCUUGAGGUGGAGUAUUUCGAGGAAGUUGGUACUGGUCUCGGGCCUACCCUGGAGUUCUACAGCACGGUGUCCAAAGAAUUCUCAAAGAAGAAGCUCAAGCUUUGGCGCGAUGCGGACCCCCACGACUCAGACGAGUUUGUUUCCAGCCCCAACGGCCUAUUCCCGCGACCGAUUAGUGAGGAAGAUGGCUCGGGAAGCAACAGCGAUAGGGUUUUGGGUCUGUUCAAGAUUCUUGGCAAGUUCGUUGCCAGGUCAAUGAUAGAUUCCCGAAUCAUCGACAUCAAUCUUAAUCCCAUCUUCUUCAGAAUCGGAGAUGAGAAAUCGGGAGUGAAGCCUUCGCUGGGAGCGGUCAAGAUGGUUGACCCAGCACUUGCACGGUCACUGAUGCUGAUCAAGAAGUUUUCCUUGGCGAAGAAGGAAAUUGACGAAGACCCUUGCCGGACGCCUGCCCAGAAGGUCGCCGACACGGAGCGUAUCACGCUUAACAACAUCUCUAUAGAGGACUUGUCAUUGGAUUUCACACUACCCGGACAGCCCCAUAUCGAGCUUAUUCCAAACGGGGCUCAAAUCAAUCUUACUAUGGACAACGUGGAUCUUUACCUCGACAAGGUCAUUGACAUGACCCUCGGAAGCGGAGUUCGUCGACAGGUCGAUGCCUUUCGCCAAGGUUUCUCUCAGGUGUUCCCUUACGCCGCCCUAAGCGCUUUCACUCCGGAUGAGCUUGUGUCUCUAUUCGGUCGUAUUGAUGAAGAUUGGUCACUUGAGACACUUAUGGAUUCAAUCAAGGCCGAUCACGGCUACAACAUGGACAGUCUCAGUGUUAGAAAUCUCCUGCAGUUCAUGAGUGAGCUCUCGCCUGCGGAGCGACGCGACUUCUUGCAAUUCACCACGGGCAGCCCCAAGCUACCCAUCGGAGGGUUCAAGAGUCUGAAUCCCAUGUUCACGGUGGUAUGCAAGCCAAGUGAGGAACCUUACACAUCAGACGACUAUCUUCCGAGUGUGAUGACAUGCGUCAACUAUCUGAAGCUUCCGAACUACACCGAUAUUAAUGUCCUCAGGAAGAGGAUGACAACAGCUAUGAAGGAAGGCCAGGGAGCCUUCCACUUGUCUUAGCUUUUAGCAAGACUGGGACUCGUAAUGCCGGAUAUGUAUUUAUUAUUUCGAUCGCCACCCAUAUUUCCCGGCAGCAAGGAUCCUUGCCAACCUUGGAAGGUCCACGUGUGACUUGGCAGGCGCAAGGUUUUUCGGGAAUAACAGCGAUGACUGCAUCAAUGAAAGCCAUGAUGAGAGGCAACAACAUUCUGUUUUUGGGGGCGCCUAUUUGGGGUUUUAUUCUUGUUGCUUGCAUUUAAGGCAAAGGUAUUAAACUUUAGGCACAUGGCGAACUGAGGAUGGUUUCGAAAUUUCUCCAUCCGUUAGUUGGAGAGCAAGGCAGACGAGUGAAGUACAAAUUCGCUUGACCUUGAUUUUUUAUAUUCCUAUCAGCACCAUGUAGCGAUAUUUUCAUUGGCCCUUCACUAGCCUUAAAUCAAUGGUUUGUAAUCUUCCAAGGUACAUCGGGGGUUGGAGUGCUGUUUAAACCUCACCUUAAUUGGCCUUGAUUCUUACGAAGUCUAAAAGGUAUAUCCCAUAUACAAAAUGAAGUCCGAUCAACGAUGGAGUUUUAAUCCUUUCGCUUUUUUUUUUCUCUCUCUCUUUUUCUUUUUGGCUUUUAACUCUUCUUCCUGAUCAAUCGCGUCACGCUGAGGCGUCGGGGAGA